AUGUCACAAAACAAUUCAAUGAAGACAUCACUCGAGACCAAAGUAGACGGGAAUCAAGACAUCAAACAACAGCCAAAACUAUAUGCGAUGGACUCUUUGGAUCGAUUCGGUGAUGACUUAUUUGAGUAUUUGUUGUCUUAUCUGUCACUCGAAGACCGCUUUCGAUUGGAAUGUGUGUCCAAACAGUUCCAGAGGACAGUCUUCAAGAGUGUUGUCGACAUCUGUAUUGACGAUAGUUUACUCGCAAACCGUUUAAAGACUCAAAUGUUGGCCUCAAUUGCAAUGAAAUGUCCGAACAUUCGACGCCUCGACUGUCGAGAAAUGACAUCUGAAGAACUGAUUCCCGAAGUGAUCACUGCUUUUGGAAACCAUUUGCGAGACAUUCACUGCGAGUUGGUAUCAAAUAGUAACCAAUGGUUGCCUACCUAUGGAUCACUUGUUACACAAAUGACUGUAUGGAAGCGUUCGGCCAAACAGUCACUCAUUCAUUGCAACCGAUUGUCUCGCUUAACGGUAUGGCAGUUGACCGAUGUCUUUGGCAAUACUUUCCCGGAGUUAUUGGUAAAUGAUUUACAGUCAAUGGAAUUCCGAGUCGCGUCGGACAACGAUAGCCAACUCUUGCCGGCAUUUGUCUCCAGGAAUCUGUCUCUCAAACAUUUCGCAAUUGUUAUCGAUCGAGAUUUGCCCGAAAUGUGUCAACUAUUGUCACGACUGACACAAUUACAACAUUUGGGACUCCAUUUGGGAUCAACGAUACCGAGUGUUCAGGCGUUACUUUCCGAAAUUAGCGGUAUUUACGCCAAUCGAUCGCCAUUUUUUGGAACCGUUGAAACUCUGCCACCGAUUAACACAUUUAACACUACAUUUCGAUCCACUAAAUGGGAAAGAUUACAGGAUCCCGUGGCUCACCCAUAA